UCUCUCUCUCUCUCUCUCUCUUAUUAAUAAAGUGGACAGAAAAAAAAAAAAGCUGUCAAUUUUCUCAACUUUGAAUCAGAAAUAAAGUGGAAAUAGAGACACGCACAUCAAUUGAUUUUAUCGAUUUAAUUUUGGUUUUCAAAUCUUCAAGAUACGAGAAAGCGAGAAGCGAUCUUAUGUUGAAGUUAAUUUUCGAUUCCACGAUUUUUUUACCCGUCAAUUUGGUUCUUUUUGGGCUUGAAUUGGUGGGUUAUUUGUUGAAAUCGAGUUUCUGAUUGUUUUUUUGGAAUGUUGAUGAAGUGAGGGAUUGAUCAAGGUGAGGUAACGUUUUCUCUGGUCGAACUGUUUGAAUGCUGUUUUUAAGGGGAAGAAAUUUGGAAGAAUUUUCUAUAUUUAUGAUCUUGUUCUGAAAGGGAAUUUGGCGGGUAAUCGCUCGAUUUGGUGAUCGAGGAGUGAGGGUUUAGGUUUGGGAUUAGCUCUUCAUCGAUGCCGGAUAGUUGGCAGGUUCAGAACAAUGGUGUAUCGGCUUCGUCUAAUGCGUCGGUUGAUAACAUAGAAGAAGCGAUGUGGCGCUUGAAAAUUCAGACCCAUGAUAAUCAAGAGGGAGCGUAUUCAAACCCAUAUCCGGAUCGUCCUGGUGAACCUGACUGCAUAUAUUACUUGAAGACGGGGUUGUGUGGAUAUGGAAACAAUUGCCGCUUUAACCAUCCUGCUUAUACUGGACAUGCUGCUCAGCACAGAGGUGACCUCCCUGAAAGAGUUGGACAACCUGAUUGCCAGUAUUUCCUUAAGACAGGAACUUGCAAAUUUGGAGCAACAUGCAAAUAUCACCACCCACGUGAUAGACAUGAUGCAGGACAGGUCCCUUUGAAUGUUUUAGGUCUACCUAUGCGUCAGGAAGAGAAAUCUUGUCCAUAUUACAUGCGAACUGGGGCUUGUAAAUUUGGAAUGGCUUGCAAGUUUCAUCAUCCGCAGCCUACAGCACUUGGGGCUGUGUUACCUGUAACUGGGCCUGCAACUUAUGGAUCUACAGGUUCAUCAGUGACUCCUCCAUCAGGUCUUCCUUAUGUAGGUGGACUUCCAGCAUGGUCUUUACCACGAGCACCGUACAUAUCUGGACCACGCAUGCAUGGUCCUCAGACCUACAUGCCUGUUGUUCUUUCUCCUUCCCAAGGCAUCAUUUCCACACAGCAAGGCUGGAACACAUAUACGGGAACCAUGAGCCCUGUACCAUCUACCAAUGUUCUCGGGUCCAAUAUGGUUUUCAACUCUAAGCCUCAGCUUGAGUCAGGUUCUGGUGGGCAGAUGCACUUGUUAUCAACAUCUGUCUCACAUUUUCCUGAGAGACCUGACCAGCCGGAAUGCCAGUAUUACAUGAAGACUGGAAGCUGCAAAUUUGGAUCCACUUGCAAGUACAAUCAUCCAAAAGAGAGGAUUGCUCCAUUGGCUACAAGUGCCCUGGGUCCCUUUGGCCUUCCCCUUAGACCUGGCCAAGCUGUUUGCACUUUCUACAGUCUGUAUGGAAUCUGCAAGUAUGGUCCAACUUGCAAAUAUGAUCAUCCCCCCUUGGCGACAGCAGGAUACUAUAACUACAGCAUGAGCCUGCCUACUCUAUCCAUACCAGAUCAACCUCUCUUUCCAUACCAGAGAAACUCACCAAUGGUCCGUUCAUCUGAAACUUCUCCAUCCAAGUCAUCAAGGUUGCCUGAUCGGAUCACAAAAUCCGAGGCUACAAACACCAAAAACCAGAAUCCAGAUUUGAAAGCUCCAGAAGACCCACCACAAGGAACCUCCCCAGUACACGAUUCAUCGUCUUCUUCAGAGCCCCAACAUGAGCAAUCUGAUUAAACCUCCCCUCCCCCCUCAACCCUCUUUCCUUUUUUGUUUUUUGCUUUUUUUUUCAGGUGCUUUGAUCCUUUGAAGGAAAUUUUUGGCAGAUGUGCCUCCUCGCCCCCACUUUUCACCUGCAAUUCUGUGGAAUGGGCUAGGCUAUUUGGAGAUACAUGUGGUGGGUGUAGGGAGGCAUGGAUAGCGUUUUUUGGGUGGUGAAAUAAAAAGCAGGUGAAAUUUGUAUUUUCUCCUUUUUCAAAAUAUUUACUUUCCCACAGAUGAUUUUAUUUGUCUCCACGAGAAUCUGUAACUGUUUGUAAUGGAAUACCGAAAGAUGAGGAAGCUUGGAAUGUUUAGUGGUUCCAUCUUUUGUUUA